AUGGAGCGCAUGAUCCCACUUUGGGUUUCCCUGGCAUGCUCUAUCGAACCAUCAACAACUGGAAAGGCACAUCUCCGAGACAGACCAAGCUUGUACCAUAAAAAUGCUAUAAGUUUAUCUUGGACCUGGAAUAUUAAAUUGAGUCCGGGCUCUAGUACAAGAGAAAGGUUCAAGCCCUGUGUGUUAUCCAGGGCCCUAACUAUUCAGACCAACUGA